AUGCGAGAAGCGGAAAUAUCCGCUGAAGAUGCACUUAGGCGGUACCAGGCCGAGACUCAGCAGGCAUACGCUACAUUUCCGUAUCAGGUGCAUCGCAAACCCGUUCCUCAACCCGCUCAACGCCAGUCAGCCGCCACCAUAGGCGGACCAAAUCAGCUUCAAAGAAUUCCAGAAGUUCCGUCCGAAGGUUCAUCUGGGGAAGCCGCCGCAAAAUCGGACAGCAAACCUGAAUUGACGAUGCCGUCUUCUCUCAGGGCUGGAGGGCCAAUUCAGACGGUCAGACAUGAUAGAGCUGCAUCGAUGGAGGAAUACUCACGUGCGCUUCCGAGAAAUCUAGAUCCAGUGACUGGCAAAAGGCAAGCAGGAAAGCAAGGGGGUCGAAGACCGAGCUUGCCUUACGUCUUCGAGCCUCUGACAGACCCUCAAUCGCAACGAGCGAGCUUUCCCAAUCCCCAUCAAUCCGUUGCUGGACCCAGCGACUCGCAGCUCUCGACCACUCAGCUGCAGCGCCGUGCCAGUCAGCAAUCACAGUCGCCAAUCCUCUCUCGUAAUCCUUCCUCUUUUGGACCAGGUCAGAACGAGGAUCGCCGGAGGCGGAACCAAGACAAUCCUUACGAGUUUGGAAUCCCUCCGACACCUCCUCUUGGCCAGCCGAGAACGUUCCAAACGGUGCCCUUGUCCAUCAAAAAGGCGUCGACAACUCAACAGGCUGCCGCCCCUUCAUCAGCUCCACAAGCAGGAUCUUCCAAUUCGGCUUGGUCUUCCACCACAGAGUCGGAGCCCACUCCCACACCGAGCAGUAUCGCUGCCACGAGGGAACGUAAUGCGCAGCUGGAGGCGCAGCUGCAACCCGUCCAGCUCACUCUUCCAGCCACCUUCGCCCAUAGAUCCGCAAUUUCACCACAGGCAGCAACAUCGUCGGCAAUUGGUGCUCGCUUUGGCGGUGACGGCGCACAGGGACGACCUCCAGUUCCUGCAGACGCUGUCAGCGCUGCCAAUGUUGCAAGUAUCAAGGCUUCCGCGACUCCCUUUGCACCGACCAAAUCUUCCAAUCUUUCGGCACCACCCAUUCGGUCAAACUCGGACGACACAACCUUCUCCGGCGAAAUCAUCGCGCUGCCGGACGGCACUCAGAUCCCAACCGUUCGCACCGAUUUUCAGAACCUCAAGCGAAUCAGCAUGCCAAAACCAGCUGCUUUUGAGGACCCAGCUGGCAAGCAGCAAACGCCAACGGUCGCGGGUCAUGUGAUUGCUCGUGAAGGCGCGAAAAAGGUUCCGAAGAACGACGGGUCUUCCAGAACAAUCUACUCGCCCACUCCGCAGACGCUGGCUGCGGCGAGAAGACAGUCGAGCAUGCUACAGGUGCCCCAAGCUGGUGCUCAAGGCGGAGGCACGAAUGAUCAGAGGAUUCCAUCGCCCCUCUCUGCUUCAGCUGAGGCUCCUGCUGCACCGCAGAUCCCGCAGUCGCUCAAGUUUGAUAGAGCUGUACCUUCGGCAGGCGCGUCGACGUCGUACGAGCCGCAAAAUCUCCCGGAUCCGGCGACUGCACCCAGAGAUGUCGAGAAGCAGGGAGUCAUGCACAGGGGCGACGGAAUCAAGAGCGUUCCUGGUAGAACUCGAACUAAAUCGGACGAUACGGAUAUUCGCACAAGGGCAGAUGCCGAACAGCUCGACUUCGACGAGCAUUCACGUCGAAACACUUUCGGCGAGCCUGCACCUGGCAUGCUUGAGGAGGCUAAUCGAAAGCUGUAUCAGUACCAGAUGCAGCAGCUCGGCAAGGAAGCCAAAGCCAAGGACGUCAGUACGUCCCGUCAGCCUCCUAGCACGGAUGUUGGAAGUGUCGAAAGGGUUGAAAAGAAAUCCGAUCAACCCAUCGUUGCGACCACAUCGAUCGUUCGUCGCGAGAGUACUGCCUCACAGCAGAGUCGACGUGAUUCCAUCGGCUCUGCAACCACCGCAUUCGACUCGCCGACCAAGGAAGAGUUUCCCGCGAACCUCUUCAGACAAUCGAGUCAAACGGGAAGCGCCAAGGCCAUUCGAGGUACCGCCAGAGAGACAGUGGCACCGCCCAGCGACGUGCAAGAAGUUCAGGAGCCGGAGGAAAUCGUAGCGAGCGACGAUGACGACGGCACCGAGAUCGACGACCACGAUGAUGCAUACGACACCUCAUUCGAGACGAGAAUGCCGUUUGUUGUCGACACGUACACCAUGAACGGACCCGACUAUGACGACGUCGGAGACAAGUCAGAGUUCCGCUUCAUACCUAUCUCCUCUGUCAAGGCUGGAAAAGCACGCCGUCCUCGCACACGCGACACUCGUGUUUCUUUCCGCAGCAACCCAUCGCACAUCGAACAGCAAGGACCCGGAUCGAGGCAGCACGGCGCCGCCCCAGCUUGCCGUCAAUGCUUCCGCGCAGGCUUUGACUGCGCCAUGAAUCUGCAGCUUGGUGAAGGCACUGCAGCUCGAAAAGCUUUUCAGGAUUUCGUGGCGGCUGGUGGACUGAACGCAUUCUCGAUCCGAGAUGGUGGCGCUGUCGGUGGUGGGCGACCUCGGACGGCAGGAUCUUUGGUGGACAGCAAUGCUGGGCGCAUCACCGUCGAGGAAGCGCUUGGACGCAACUACGUCGACAAGCUUGGCGAAGUCGCUUUCGGCGAGUCGGCACUCAGUCGCCCCGUGACGCGUGGAAUGUACAACGAGCUUCUCGAGGAAAAGCAGGAGCAGGACAGACGCAAACAGCUCGCCACGAAUCACAAGCCUUGGGUCGGUGAUGUUGACGAAGAGACCGAAUUUACCAAGGACGGAGGCUUGCAAGACGCGCAUCAGCAGAGAUCGAGCACGGACAAAGUCAAACGCAGCCUGAGCAACAGUCACAAGGAUCGACGUCUCAGCCAGAUGACACUCCAAGACGGCGUCGACAAUGACCAAAUCGAGGCUCAUGAUGGAGACGCCAGGCAGGUUUUGCUCAACAACAUGAAGCGGUCGGGCUCGCACAAGCGUGGACAGCUGGAGGAGGGCGAAAUCGUCGACUAUGAUCCCGCCGACUACGAGGACGAGGACGACUUUGAUGGCGAACAGGACGUUCUCUCGUCUACUUCCUCCGACUCGGAUCCAGUUGUUUGGGCAGAUCGAUGGAGUGCGUGGGCAAAAUUGCGCCAGAUGCUCGUUUACUGGGUCAUCAUCUUUGCCCUUCAAGCUCUCGCCUCUGGCUAUACGAACACAGUCGGUCGGAUCAUAACGAAUGAACAACCCUCUCAAGCGGUCACGAUUCUGUACCAACUCGGCUCGUUGUCGUACAACGGCAGUCAGGGCGGAGGCUUGUUCUUCGCCAAUCUGAUCGUCGGGUUCGGUCGACAACGCAUCACAUUGAUCCUGCUGGUGGCGGUGGCGGUGGUUUGCGCCAUUGCUGGUUUCAUGCACAACGUCUAUGCUCUUCUCGCCUGUCAAUCGGGACUUGGUCUUCUUGCGGGGGUUUUCAUCUUCCUCUCUCUCGCUACGGUCAUGGAUAUGUUUGCUACGUCCAGAGGUCGCCUAUUCGGUGUUGGAUCGAUCGCCCUCGUGCUAGUGGGUGGACAGUUGGCAGGUCCGUGGAUCUCGAAGCGGGUACUAUCGCUUUUGGGAUGGCCAUGGACAUACUGGCUGACGAUCAUCGUCGCAGCUGUGCUUGUCGUAUACGACGGAAUCUUCGCACGAGAGACGGCAGCAUUCGUGCUCUUCCGCCGCUACGCACUGCGUGUCAAGCGUUCCGGUCAAGGAUGGACGCCGGAGCCACAGCAGGAGACAAAGCUUCGUCAAGUGUUUGGAGACGAUCUGGCCAGACCUGUCAGAUUGAUGCGAUACAACCCUCUGCUGGUUGUGCUAGCAUUGGGUAUCGCAGUUCUGGCGGGGAUGUACAUGUUCCUGUUCUCGGGCCUGCAAGCGGUGUUCGUUCGCGUCCAUGGACUGUCAAGUGGCAGUGCCGCGCUUGCGGUCGCCGUAUCAGCUGCGGUAGGCUUGGUCGUCGGUGUUGUCGCCAUUGUCCUGCUCAACUCAAAGAGGAGCUCGCGUCACGAUGCAGGCGGGUUCGCGACGAAAGCACGUCCGCUGUAUCUCGACGAAAAGGGACACAUCGAUACUCGUCGUCCGCUUCGCGCAAAGACGGAAUCGUUGCUUGUCACGGGACUCUUUGCGACUGCGGCUUUUUCGUUUGCUCUGUACACGAUGGCGCUUACCUCGAGCUUCGCUACUACGUGGUUCUUGACCGCAUUCAGUAUCGUACUUUCCACGGCAUCGUUGCUGGUUGUCGGCGUAUCUGUGGUGCAGUACGUCUUGGACGGCUACUCGAUGCCACGCAGGACGACGCUACGGGAUGUGGUGGCAAGGGAAGAGGUGUCGACACCGACCCUGCUUCAGAACGAGGACGACGAUCGCUUUACGUCCUAUUCACGUCGCACAGCAGCACGGCUCGCGGCGGCAGCGGCCGGCGCGUCACGUUUCAAGGGUGGUCGGGGUGGCAGGCACGGUCAAUCCCAGGAAGAGAAGCUUCACGCUUUCGGUGAUCAUAGAAGCGAUGCUGGCGACGAACGCGCAGCAUGGCUCGAUGCGGGCGAAACGGUCACCGCUCAGCGCGACAAGAGGUGGCUCGACGAAACCGCACUUGCCGGUGUCACAGCCGUUGUCUCGCUGCCGUUUACCAUUUGCCCCGUGCUUUCCUUCAUCUCGUUCCAAGCUUUUGCCAAGUUGUCGUUCGGAGCGUUUGCUGUCAUCUUCGCUUCCGUCGCCCUGGCCGUGCUCCUCGCACUGCUUUGCGUAUACCUUUACGGUGCCAAGCCUCGGGCUCGUUCGCUCAGCAUGCUCGACGAAGCGGAUGCGGAUCGUGCGCACAACCGUCGUGCGCGUAAACGCGAAAAGCGAGCUUUGAAACGGCAACAAUCGCUCCCUCGAACCCAAUCGAUGACCGAGAGUCAAGUGCAGGCGAUGCAAAACAGGAAGGGGAGCGCACCCGCCAGGCUGGCGCAGAAGCUCGUGGAUGCGUUGGGGUACAAGCCGCUGUCAGACGACGGGCUAGAUAUGUACCAACGCAGCAAGGGACCAGAACAGGGACGAACGACGACGCGGGCACCUGUGUCGUUGAUGCGAGAAGUCGAGACCCGCUCCACGGCGACGGAUGCGGCUGAUGGAAGGCGCGAAUUGUGGUUGGCAAAGUUCAUCGCUAACCGAGACAAGUCGCAAAAGGCUCCAGAGACAGCCAGCGCUGAUGUUCGCCCUGCGCCCGCGAUUCGUCUCAACGAGGCGACCGAAGCACCCCAACGGCUGUCCAGCCUCAAGACCGAUACUGCGGGCAACGGGCUGAAGCAGACCAUGAAAGCCUUCAGUGGCGUCAUGUUCGGUCGCACCACGACCGCCAACAACGACGUACAGUCUCCUGACACCAUCGCUCGAAACCUGCCCGCAUCCACCUCGCUCCCGGCGAAUCUGCACUCUUCCACCAACAACUUCGCUUCCCCACCCACACCCUACCACCCUCUCUCACCUCCACCUCGAGCUCAACCUCGUGCCAGCAUCAGUCAACACCGCGACCCCACCCACCCCGCCCCCGUAGACGGCUUCGAAAUCGUCCAGUUCCAAACCUCGCCACCUCUUCCGGAUCAGCACGCAGACAGACCGUACACGCCAGUCAUGACUCGAAAAUCGGUCGACAUGUCCUCCACCCGCUUGAACAUUAUGGCUCGAAGCCAUUCGCAGCCUCUGAACCUGUAUGCGGCCGCUGGUGCCGCCGGUGGAUCUCCUGCGGGUGCGAGGGGCGAGAGACAGAGACAGACGUCCGGUCGAGGGAUUUGA